AUUGGAGGCUGCUACAAGGCGCUUAUAAAAUGGCGUUGUAAACAAAUAUGACAGGAGUGGUGUUUGUUGAGGUCCAAUAAUUUAAUCCUCAUGAAAAUGGACAAGAAAACCCCGUCUGUAGUUUGUAAGGAAGUUCAGGACAUAAGUAAUAUUUUAUGGGGACCAUCAGUAAAGAUAGAUGUCUUUCGGAGGUGGGCCCAAGGAUUCCAUUUCAGCAACGAGGAACCUACCGCACUUCUGCAGUGUGAAGGAGGUCCCUGUGCUGUACUUGCACCUGUUCAGGCGUUUAUCAUCAAGACUCUAUUGGAAACAGCUUCCCUUGAAGAAUGGAGACAAGCAGGGUCUGAAAAAUGCAAUGAGCUGCUGGUUAAAGCUGUCUGUGACAUAUUAAGUCAAGUAAAAGAAGAAGCUGAUACCAAAUUCCAACUGUUUGAAUUGUGUAGUGUAGAAGAUAGUGAUGAUCCUGAGAAAAGCUGUGAAAAUCCUGCUCCAAAUUCAAGUUUGACCAAUGGCAGUAUGAAUGACGAUAGCAAAGAUGACCUUCGAUUGAUUGAGUCAUCUAUAAGUUUGAGGCAAAAUCUUUCACCCGAUGAAUUUCAUUCCCAAUUGAGAGUCUUGACAGUAGAUAACAUUGCUGCUGUAGAGGCCUUUUAUAAUGACAGAAUAUCUAUGUUACAAAAUACUUAUGGUGUUUUACUUUUACUGUACUCAGUAAUUUUUUCAAAGGGAAUAGAUCAAAUCUCUGAAGAAAUGUCUGAUCCUAGUGAGUCACUUAUUGACAUUAUUCACGGGUAUGGAAACCAGUCUCUCAUCAAUUUGAUGCUAACAGGCCGAGCAGUUGGUCAUGUUUGGGACCAUGAACAGGAUGUUGGAGGUCUUAAGUUGCGUGGUUUAAUCAAGCAGAAUGAAGUAGGAUUUCUGGCAUUGUUUGAGCAUUUGCGGUAUUGUGAAGUCGGAUCCUUUUUCAAAAACCCUAAACAUCCAGUCUGGGUGGUGGGCAGUGAAACUCAUCUUACAGUUUUGUUUUCUUGGGAAAAAAGUUUAGUUAGUCCUGAAACAGCUGGUGAAGUCGCCAGACGGGUUUUCAAGCGGUUCGAUCCUGAUGGAAACAACUUCAUUCAAUCAUCAUCUCUGCAGGAUGUUUUACAUGAAUUAAAUCUAGUUUCUGAAACUGAAUAUGUUGAGAUUAUGCGUCGCAAACUUGAUCCCGAGGGAUUAGGGAUCAUUCUGUUGUUAGCUUUUAUGGAUGAAUUUUAUUCUGAUGAAAAGCGAACUACCCCAGAUGUGUUUACCCUUUUCCAUUACAAUGGAUUACCUCACUCAUGUCCUGAUGGUCGAGUGGUGUACCAAGAAGGCUCUGCUGUUCUUCUUGAAUCUGAUGUACAAUGUGUUUUUGAAAGUAAUCCUAUUCAGACAGUUCUCCAGACAAAAUGGCGGAACAUUGAAGUUAACUGGAAAAGUGGUGGUUCUCCAUCACUCAAUUAGUAUUUACUGUUGCAUACUUGAGUUCCACACUCUGCCAAAGCCAAUGUAGAAACUGUGAUGGGGAACUUUUGAAGUGUGUUUGGAGAUAUAUGUGAAUGUGCGUCUGAGAAAUAUAGUAUCCAAAGUCA